UCAACAACUUUCUUGUGCUGGCUCUGCUGCUUUUUUCUUUCUCCUUUCUUUUUACUUGAGAGAAUACAGUCUUCUCGUCAACUGAAGAUGGCGAAACUCAGGAAUGCAGCUAUCUCCGUUGCAACUACCUCCGUUGCGGGUAUCGCGGUAUUCUACCAGCUCUAUGCCAAAGAGUUUGUUUUCGAUACCCUAGGCUUCGGACGUACUAUCGAGCCGAUCGAGAACUUUCGUUGGAAUUGUCGUCGUAUGACCAGUGCUGCGCUGGAGGGAUGCGAGGAUAUGUGGCUGGACAAUCAAGAUCGAGUGCUGUAUGCAGCUUGCUCUGGAAGCUUGUCUCGUGGACAAUGGAAUCCUGGAUUGUCCAAAUAUAACAUUUCGGGUCGCCGUCCAGGAGGAUCUCAACUCAUAUCCAUCAAAAUCGACGAGCCUACUGUUGACGGUUUCUUUCCCAUGCGCAGUGUUGGGAAGAGAGGGUACAAAGGUGUGACUGGCGAUCAAUCGCUGGACCUGAUUGGAUUCGAUGUCGACAACAGUGUUCCUGGAGAGUUGCGGUUCUGGCUGAUCAAUCAACGACCGCCAGUGGACACAGAGAAUAACUUUUUGGAUGCGUCCAAAGUUGGAGCAAAUGUGACUGUGGAUGUUUUCAGCCUCAAAAAAAGGUCGAAGUAUAUGAACCAUCUUCAAACGAUUGUCCAUUCUAGCGUCUACUCGGCGAACAAUUUGGCACUGAUGGGUGAUGGAACAUUUGUUUUGACGAAUGAUCAUUCUGGUAAAGUUGGAAUGCGCAAGGAGUUGGAUUUGUUCAUUGGAGGAGGUAACGUUGUUCAUUGCCAAAGCACUGGGGAUUGCAAGCCAGUGAUAGGAAGCUCCCUCAAAUUUGCCAACGGUAUCGCGAGAGACCAAGAUGGGCUCGUAUAUGUCGCAUUCACUGGAUCUCCAUACAUUGGUGUGUAUCGUUUCACCAAAACCGGCCAGCUGGAGGGGAUUGAUAGAAUUCCUACGGGCAUGGCUGCUGACAAUCUCUCCGUGGAUUCGAACGGUGAUAUAUGGGCCGUGGGCAUUCCAAAGGUCUUCGAUCUUGUCGACUCUAUCGUCGACCCAUUCAACAAGGAAAGUCCCAGUACAAUUUUCAAAAUCCACAAGAGUCGCGAUGGUAAGUACAAGUUCACGAAGGUUCUGGAAGAUCGUGACGCGAGAUUCGUCGCCAGCGCCACAAUUGCGGUUUUCGACUCUCUCCGCGGGCGGCUUUUCAUUGGGGGUGCUGCUACCCCCUUUGUCACAGUAUGCGAACCGAUCAGACUACCGCAAAUAUAA